AUGUCUAUCCAGCCCUACAGUCUGGCGUUCCACCACGCCCUCGAACUCGACACCUUCCUCAAAGAGGCCAACAUCACCACUACAGACCUCUUUGCCGUCCUGGGGCACGAACGAUACCGCAAGCGCCUCAUGGGCGGUAUCAAAACCAUCGUCGAUGAUUACAAAGAGCAAGGUCGAGACCCUCCGCCCGUCAACUUGAUGCCGAUCCUCCGGCCUCAGCAAAGCCGUCGUCCCUUCGUCCAGACGAUCCCACAGCCAAGUGUGGCUGUGCCGUUGGCUAUCCGACACGUUGAGCACGGCCUCAAACCUUCCCGCGUCCAGGCCGGACCUCUCCAAAGCAGCAGAGGCCUUUCCACUCUCGGGAAUUCGCAGUCCGCCUCUGCUCCAUCCGCGCGUGUGAUCCAGGUGCAGGCCGCUCGUGGCCCAGAUAUCGAAGCCAUGCAAGAUUUCGUAGAAGAUGGUGGCGAUACCACACAUAUCGCCGGCCAGAGACCUUCGCGCGAACUGGUAGAUCGCUCUUUGCAGCCUAGUCCCGCUCCCGGCAAGUACGAGACUCCAAUGGAAUUCGUACCCGGCACAAAAGUCAAAGUCAGCAGCUUGAGCGCUCCGCAAGCGUGGACCUAUCUGCACAGCCACCCAGCCGAGGGCUCUGGCAUGUCGUUCGUUGCCCGCAUUACUCUAUACUCAGAAACAGAGUGGAUCGAGCGGGUGGCUACACUCGACUUUGGCAACGACGAUGCAGCCGUUCUGCUCGUCGCCAAAACUGCUCCUGCUGGUUUGCACGCAAGCAUGGAAUCUCGCUUCAAGGUUGGCAGCUUUGUUUACGUUCAAAACGUCACCAGACUCAUACGCAAUGGUUCCUACUUCCUUCGCUUUGGCAGUUGCUCUUCGAUCGAUCGACUUGAACACGUGACACAAGCCUCUAUGGCUGCCGUCAAUGCGCAGUGCAACCGAGUGCGCAAGCGCAAGUAUGACGACGUUGUAGAGGUGUGUUAA